AUGUCUCAACAUUACAGACUGUCAGAAUGCCUCAAUAUUACAGACCAUCAGAAUGCCUCAACAUUACAGGCUGUCAGAAUGCCUCAAUAUUACAGACCGUCAGAAUGCCUCAACAUGUCAGACCAUCAAAAUGCCUCAACAUUACAGACCAUCAGAAUGUCUCAACAUUACAGACCAUCAGAAUGCCUCAACAUUACAGACCAUCAGAAUGUCUUAAUAUUACAGACCAUCAGAAUGCCUCAACAUUACAGGCCAUCAGAAUGCCUCAACAUUACAGCCCAUCAGAAUGCCUCAACAUUACAGACCAUCAGAAUGUCUCAACAUUACAGACCAUCAGAAUGCCUCAACAUUACAGACCAUCAGAAUGUCUCAACAUUACAGACCAUCAGAAUGCCUCAACAUUACAGACCAUCAGAAUGUCUCAACAUUACAGACCAUCAGAAUGCCUCAACAUUACAGACCAUCAGAAUGCCUCAACAUUACAGACCAUCAGAAUGCCUCAACAUUACAGACCAUCAGAAUGUCUCAACAUUACAGACCAUCAGAAUGCCUCAACAUUACAGACCAUCAGAAUGCCUUAAAAUGUCAGACCAUCAGAAUGUCUCAACAUUACAGACCAUCAGAAUGUCUCAACAUUACAGACCAUCAGAAUGCCUCAACAUUACAGACCAUCAGAAUGCCUCAACAUUACAGACCAUCAGAAUGUCUCAACAUUACAGACCAUCAGAAUGUCUCAACAUUACAGACCAUCAGAAUGUCUCAACAUUACAGACCAUCAGAAUGUCUCAACAUUACAGACCAUCAGAAUGUCUCAACAUUACAGGCCAUCAAAAUGCCUUAACAUGUCAGGCCAUCAGAAUGUCUCAACAUUACAGACCAUCAGAAUGUCUCAACAUUACAGACCAUCAGAAUGUCUCAACAUUACAGACCAUCAGAAUGUCUCAACAUUACAGGCCAUCAGAAUGCCUCAACAUUACAGGCCAUCAGAAUGUCUCAACAUUACAGACCAUCAGAAUGCCUCAACAUUACAGGCCAUCAGAAUGCAGACAGAACACCAAUAUUUCAGUGCCAUUUCGGAGACACAAGUGA